GGAAAAUAAGUAGAUAUUAACCAAGCAUGUCUCCUAUUCGAGUCGGUGUAAUCGGGUUAGCUAGUGCUUCAGCAGAGAACUAUGAGGGCACUUCGUGGACGGCCAACGCUCACUUGCCCUUCCUCACCAAGUCUCCCAAUUUUGAGAUUGUUGCAUUGUUGAAUAGCUCCGUGGAGUCUGCACGGACGGCAAUCCAGAAAUAUGGUCUGUCGGACGAAACCAAGGCCUACGGUGACCCGCAAGAUCUCGCCAACGACCCUAACGUCGACCUCGUGGUCUGCAGUGUCCGUGUUGACCGACACUUUUUGACUGUGCGUCCGAGCCUUAUCGCCGGCAAAACAGUUUAUGUCGAAUGGCCACUAGACCGUAAUCUCGAGGUGGCUCAAGAGAUGGCUGCUCUAGCGGCCAAGCAUAAUGCGCGCACUAUCGUAGGCAUACAGGGCACCUUUUCACCGAUUAUUCGCAAGAUGCGAUCUGUUAUUGGAAGUGGGCAGAUUGGCCGUGUCCUCGCUAGUACGAUCACUGGAUCGUUUGGCAAUAACGUUGAUGCAGAGAGCAAGAACGUACGGUACUUUCUCGACCGUGAAGUUGGAGGAAAUCCAAUCAGUAUCCAUGUUGGUCACAGCCUAGAGUCCAUUGCUGCCGUCCUCGGAGAAUUCAAGACUCUGAGGAGUUUUUCGACAAUCAGCCGACCAACGAUAGACAUUAAAGACUACAGCGUUGGAGAUACCGGCAGGGUCGUCGAAACGGGGGCUCACAAUACUGUCCCGGACCAGAUUCUCGCCUAUGGUACCGUUGAGCAUUCUAAUGCUGCGGUAACUAUCAAAUUCCAUGCCGGAAAGGAGUUUCCAGGCCAACCCCGACUGGACUGGCGUAUCCAAGGUGAAAAGGGCUGGCUACGAGUGGCUUCCCCACUUGUAUCUUUGAAUGUCGGCGGCCCGGGAAUCAAAUUGGAAAUCGCGAGACACGAUACAAAUACGGUAGAGGAGAUAUUACCGGAGACCGACGAGUGGGAUGAGCUGCCUGUCCCGGCGCAGAAUAUUGCCCGUCUCUACGAGGCCUAUCGCAAGAAUGAGUGGUAUCCCACCUUUGAUUGGGCGCUGAAGAGGCAUGAGGCGAUCGAUGGGAUCUGGAAAGAGUUUGAUGCAGAGAACCAUCAGCUUAGCUAGGGAAUCAAGCAGAGUAGAUAGAAUAGUUCGCCAACGUCUUUGCUAAGAAGUUUGUGUCACUCUGAGUUUAACAGCGAGACUUAUACGAGG